UCUCCGCUCCAAACACUUCGACGGCCAAGCACAUCUUUCACUUUGUUUGGGGUCGUCUCCUGAUACCUGCCAAACUGUAAUAAAUAUUUGAUGACUAUUCUAUGUUACUGCCUAUUAAGUUGAAUGUCAAACCCCCAGGGAGCAAAUGCUUGUAUGGUAUUGCUGAGGAAAAUGUCGAACUCGACCCACUUUAAUGAUUUCACCCUGAAAGGCUCAUCUUAGAAUGGACAAAUUCAAGGAAUGGGAUCAGGUGCCUGUAGAAGUGGCUGAAGACAGAAGUGUGGCAGUCGAGUACACAGGAUGGGACCAGAGCUGCCAACUACCCAACAGGGGCCAUGUCGAUGCCCUUUUGGAUAUCAGCGAUGAUACCUCAUCCAAAGAGCAGGAGCCAUUUGAGCUUCUCUGUCUCUCCGGAUGGGAGGAAGCUAUCCGGGGCUGGGGUAGAACUACUCCACUUGGCUGCCUGGUACAGACCCAGAGGAGAGGAAAGAGGGUCAAGACUGGAGACACAGACCACCACUGCCACCUGUGUGUGGACCUCGUGAAGCUCUCGGACCCCCCUGACUCUGAAUCCAGUUUAACCCACUCCCCUGAGUCCUUCUGGGACUCCACCCUGGACCCAUGGGCGAAAACCUCCCCCACAACCCUGGGAGACUUCCUGAACAGACCCUACAGUCACACAUCUAGCAUCUCUUCAGAGGAGUCCCCACCAGAGUCCUUCAGGGAUCUUCAGAAAGCCACACAGCAACUGACACUCCGAGACAAGAUGAUGGAGGACAAGGCUGAGGUGUGUGAGAUCAGUGACUCACUGCUGGGCUCGGCCCCCUCGCAUGGUCACCACCACUCAGCCUCAGAGUGUCCCAUGACGCUGAUCAUCAACAGCUUCGCCGUCCUACCGCCCGUGAAGGCCUCCCAGCCCAGACACCCUAAGGUCACCAGCCACCUCCGGAGGGGGGAUGCUGGACCGGGACGCAGCGCCUCAGAUGGGGAGACCGCAGAGGCUGGGUCAGACGGUGUCACGCCUGCCUGGGAGAGCGGAGGAGGUGUGGAGAGCCAGCAGAGCCGCCACCUGUUGUCUGCAUUCAGCAUCCCUGUCCCCAAGAGAUGUGACAUGCCCCUCAGCACACUGUCAGAUCCUCUACCCCGCACCACCUACCCCCUGGACAGACACCUCAGACAGGAUCCCCGGACCAGCAGUGCUCAUAGACUCUACUUUGGACUGAAGACCAAGAUCCUAAAGCGUGCAGAGCCCCAGCUGCCCAUUCUGUUUGGAACCAGGGUGCCCAUCCCAGCCUCUGCACAGAGACUACUCUGAACAGAGACUGUUACUUCGCACUCCAUACUCUCUCCCAACCCAAAAGCUCAGCCUCUGUGGGUUUGUGAUUAAAAAGAAACUUUGUGAAAUUUCUUCCUAUUUUUUGUAUGACACUGAUGACCGUAUUAAAAAAAAGCUGUGACUAAUUCAACUUGGUCGUAUUAAACUACAUGGAAUUAACAUAUGAGUUUACAGAUUUGUUAGUUCUAUGUGAUUUAUAGGCUAUACCACCUCAGCCUUCCUUAAUUAUGAACCCUCCACGCACCUGGACAUGAGUGAAUAAUUUUAAAUGGAGUGAUGUACGUAUGCAUGUGUGAUUUCAGUCCUACAUUUUGCAUGUGCUUUUAUUGUGGUGCUCACACUUGAGCGUUUAGUUACUCAGAAACUAUGCUACCUAAUCUACAAUGCUGAGGUCUGGGUCAGUUUCUUGGAUUCCUGAAUGUUAAACUGCAGAUAUUCUUAUGUCAGAACUCAUCAAGACAAAACAUGAUAUGAGCCAUUGCCAAAGCAUGCUCGUGCACUCUAAUGGAAUGAGCAGUUAGUGAUUGUAGUGUUCCAACCCAUGUGAAGAUGUCAUUGGUAGCCUAUUGAAUUACAUGCUAGAAGUGAACCACACUGAUUCUGAGGGGCUGUGACAGCAUAGGUGUGUGGGUGGAGGGAUUAGUAUCAUAUUCCAAAUGACUUACACAAUUACAAUAUUGUAUUCAAACAGACUGAGCAUAAUACAUGUACAUAGCAAACUAACUUGUACUGCCACACAACCCAGGUGAAAACUGUGACGGACAUUUACUGAAAAAGAGCACAUUGAGUGUGUACAAUAUUGAGUAUGGUGUUGUAAGUCAAAAGUAGUGUGUGCUUUAACCAGUAACAAAAUAUUUGACUUGGCUUUAUACAGCACUGCAUUACUGUCCUUUGAUUUGAAGUGUACUGGAACUAAGCUAGUACAAACAACCAGCUACUACAUCAACUCAAACAAU